AUGCGGGGGAGACAGCGCGGAAGCUGUGCGGGGUCCCCGUUUCUGCUGGUCUCCGCUUUACCUCAACGCGGUGCUUGCGACGAAGGGCAGGACGAGAGCGCUGACUUGGAGGCUCUUCUUGUUGCUCUCUCGCAGCGCCGAGUCGCGUCCACUCCCUCCUCCACCCAGCGGCGAGGCGAGACCGAAAGGGAAGAAGAGAAGCUCCCCCAGCUAAAAUCGCCCAGCGGCUCGACACAGCCGCGCCACGACGCUCGAGGGUCGACGCAUGCAGUGCUUGAAGAAGUCAUAGCGCUGUUGAACGACGUGAGGAGACAGGGGGGACGGGCGAUCUGGCCUUGCGGCGGUGCCGGAGACACAGCGGAGACAGAACAAGGAGAACAGGCUUUGUUUCGCCGCGACCUCGCCUCUCUCUUUCGCCACUCGCUGCGGCGCUGCUCAAGAAGAGCUUUUCUGAGCGACAGAGGAGCUCCCGCGUCUCCAUCUUCAGCUUCCCUUCACUGGACAGAUGGAGACGUUCUGCUGAGGAGACAGCUGCUAGCGGUGGCUGUCGGCGCCUUUCGAGCUUGGCACACACAGUCCUCGAAGGAGCGACAAGAAGGCAAGCGCCUUCGCGAAGACGACGAUGAACAAGGAAAAAACUUGCGCCAUGCCCCCGGACCCAUGCAGACCCAGGAAGACUGGGACCUCCUGUUCGCCACCGCGACCGCAGUCCUCGAGGCAGUGUACAUACACCUCAUCGACUCGGGGGCGGCGCCUCAAACUUCCGUGGAGCUGGUGGAGGCUUCUUCGCCACGACCCGCGGGCGUUUUGGGAACGACUUGCAGCGCGCCCAGCGAUUUCGAAGAAAGACACGGUUCCGCAUUAAUCCAUGCAGCUUCGUCUUUCGGAUCUGGAGGUUUUUCUGAAACGACCGUCUUCUCGUUUCUCGGCGAACGGACCUUUCCGCCCAGCGCCUUCUUCGGAGCUCUGAGCGUCGUCUCGCGCGUCUUGCUCGCAGGCCAAGGGUCUCCGACCCCGCCUCUCUUCGCGCCCAACCUCCGCCGACGCCGCGCCUCUGUCACUGUUCUGCUUAAACUUCUCUCGCAGCUUCUCCAGGAAUGUUGGCGUCUCUGUCUCCCUUCUUCCCCUUCUUCUUUCUCUUCUUCUUCUUCUUCUGCUUCAGCGUCUCCUGCCGUGUUGGCGGAGAAAAGCGCAGGUGCGGGGGGCGAGGCGGUUCGCCUGCUGCAGCUGCUCCAGCCUCUGCUCGUGACCGGUGCGGUGUACGUACACCCGGUGGGUGCGGGUCCGGCGCGCCCAGGUGUACGUACACCUGGGAGUGACGAUAGCGUGUCUUCGGCUUCGUUUUCUUCGCCUUCUUCGCGUUCGCGGUGCGACUCGUCGGCCUGGUCUUCGGCGGAGGAGAGGCUGAGUGGAGAGUCUCGCGCUCGAUGCGGGUCAGGACGGAGGGUGCGAAAGAGCGGAGGCGACCGAGAAGCGAAGCGAGAUAAAGAGAUGCAGAGUCAGGGCGCGAGGAGAUGGAAAGGAGAUCUGGGAGAAGAGGACGCACCGUGCGUCACGGGGAGGCCGAGCAUGUUGAAGCCGGACCGACAGGUGCAGAAGAAAGCCGCCGAGAGGAACAGGCGAAGCCGAAGAGAUCGACAGAAAGAAGGCGUUCGAGAAGACGGGCACAAACUCCGUCUGCUCGCAUUCGCUUGUUCGCAUAUCCUUGUCAAACUCGUCCCCAGAACUCUCUUCAGAUCCUGGCCUCUCCUCCUCACGACGCCGCACUUCAAAGUUCACGUUCCCUCUUCUACCAGUUCCCGUUCUCUCUCUUCUCUCUCUUCUUCUCUCUCUUCUUCUCUCUCUUCUUCUCUCUCUUCUUCCCUCUCUUUUUCUCUGUCGUCUUCGCUGUCUUCUUCUUCCCUUUUGUCUCCUUCGUCGCGACUCGCGCGUCGUCCGUUGACGGCGGAGAACGUCUCUCGUGGUCGGCAGAAUGCGAGCACUCGCGUGGAGAGCCGGCGGUCGUCUGCGGUGUCCUUGUUCUCUCCCGGGGCCGGAACCUGGGCUCUGAGUUUCUUGGUGCCGGAACAAGCGUCGCUGCGGUCGCCUGUUUUUCUGCUUCUGCUGCAGCAGCAGCAGCUCUGGGGCUUCGUCGCGCGCCUUGACAGAGACGCGAAGGUGCGACGGGCGGCGAUCGACUUCCUAGUGGCUCUCCUCGAGUUCUCUCCGCUGAAAAGCUGGCCGGCCGUCCCCCUCGAAGUCGUCCCCGCUGUUCAGAAAGACACCUUGCGAGCCGCUGCGCCCUCGCUUCAGGGCGUCGUCGCGAGUGCAGACUCCGUCUCUCUGCCGCUCCUCAUGAACAAGGAGUCUUGGAGGUGCAUGCAGCUGUGGAGGAACCUCACAGAGAACCCAGACGAUCCGUCGGCCUCCAGAAGGCCUCUUGGCAACGACCGAAGCCCUGUCACUGCCUCAUCAUCUCUGCCGUCGCCUCUGUCGUCGUCUCUGUCGUCUUCGGUUUCGCCUUCUCUCUCUUCUUCUCUGUCUUCGUCGUCUUCGCGAGCUUGUGGGGGACAGGAGGGCGACGCGGUACGGGGAGUCUCGGCGGUCGGCGCAGGAGCCUCUCCGUUUUCUUCCUUUUUUUUUCAGAAACGCGCGCGACCCUCGUUCAACUCGCUGUCUGGAAACGUCUUGACUUCCGUCCGUCUCGCCUUCCUUCACCUUUUCGCUCUCUGCGAAGAAACUGUGGCCGCCGCUGCUCUCGCCACCCAGAGCCCUUGUCGCGCCGAUGCUGAUACACGCUCUCAACGUCCUCCCCACAGGUCCACACUGGCGCCUCCACCCUUGCCUCCGUCUCCUUUGUUCUCCUCGUCCUCGGUGUCCGGUGCUCCUGAGGAAGGCGCCGCUGAAGAGACGCUGGGAGGCUCCUCAGCGAUCGAAGAGUCUGCUGAGUUGGCGGCUGCAUGCUUUCGCGCCCUCGCCCGUCUGGUCUCGUCUCUGCCGCUGUCCGUCUUCCGGCCGGGAAUCCUUUUUGCAUGCAUGCGACUCGCAGCGCCUUUCUUGUUCACCCUCACGCUCUCGCUGGAACACAUCUCGGAAGACGCGGACAGCACAUCUCCUAAAUUCCCUGUCCAUUCACCAGAUCCUCUGUCUUCCGCCGCUUCUUGUUCGCCUUCUUCUUCGUCUCGUGAUUAUUCUGUUGCAGGUGUAUGCACACGGGGCGAGGUCAGGGGGUGUCGCGACAGCCGAAAGACGGAGAAAGAGGGUGGUGUCUCCUCUGCAACAACGUCUGGCCGAGAGUACGAGCUGUACCUGCAGUUUGCCGCGAAUGUUCGACAGACGGUGUCUCUUUCCUCUCUCGGUUUUCUACUUGCUUGUGCGAGAGAGGCUUCCCCGUCUUUCACCCGCCGCGAGCUGCGAUCGGAAAGAGGCCCUCGUUCUCCCGCUGCCCCGACAGCCGCAGCUUGCGCCGAAGACGCCGGAGACGACCAGGCAGAGCAGGCAGGGAGAAUGGAAAAGCGCGGAGAUGAGGCGACGUUCAUGCGCGAAAGUCUCCCCUUCGCUCUGCACCCGUCUCUUUUGUCGGCUGUGAGCCUUCUCCUCACAGCUCUCCUCUCGGUCAGGCCGUCGCGCGACGAAGUCCUGGAGGUCCUUCUUCUCCCCGUUCUUCUCGAGCCGCAAAAGAAGAAGCGUUCCAGCCUCGACAGCUGCGCCGGCAGCCGGGCGUUCGCUACCUGCGCAGAGGGACGCAAAGGAGCAGCGGAAGACGAGAGAAGAGAGCGAGCGAACGAGAGUCGACUGCUGAGUGAGGAAUCGGCUGAGGCGACAAGCGAAGCUGGCUCUCGACCUCGGAGCCCCGCGACAGAGAGAGAGCCCCCCGGAGAGAGAGACAGGCGAGGAGAGAGCGUCGUGUGUGGGGAACUGUCGAGUCGAGCGGCAGAGGAACUCGGUCCACGGAACGCGGAAUGCGAAGAAGCGCCGCGGCUCGCAGACGUCAUUCUCCUCGGCUUGCACUACGCCUUGAGUAUCGACAGAAAAGAAGGGUGCUCAACUCGGCCAACGGACCAAGUGGAGAGAGGUAACGACAGAGAAAGAGACCCAGAAGGAGAAGACGGGAGAGAACAAGAAGGAGGAGAACACGAGGGAGAACAAGAGGGUGUGGGAGAGCGCAGUGUCGUUUUCCACAGACGCGCCGCAGAUGUUCUCCUCGCUGUCGUUUUGAAGAUGGCGAGGACGUAUCCUUUCGCUCUUCUCUUUCCGCCGUCCUUUCGCGAGAUCAAUAUUCAGAAACACACCGGCGCCACUCUACCGUCAAGCGCGACUCAGGAAUGGCGCGGCCAUUGCUUAUCCACGACAACGAGUUCGUCCUUCUCUUCCUUCUGUCCUUCGUCUUCCAAUUCUUUCUCUUCUUCUUUCUCUCCUUUCUCUUCGGCUUCUUCUUUCCCCCAAGGGCCUGGGGCAACCGGGCGCCGGUCCGCGUCUCGGAGCUCCUGCUCCUUGUGCCGUUCUCCUCUCUUGGUUGUUUUAGCGGAAUUGCUGUCGAGCACAUGCGUUGUUCUGAAGCACCGCGGCUUCCAGCUUGCAACGGACCUCCUCGCUGCUCUUCCUUCUUUACCGCUGUCACACGCUCCUUCGCCUGUCUCGCAGUCUUCUUGUUCUCCUCUGCCCUCAACUUUUUGUUCUUCCUUGUCUUCUUCCUCUUUCUCUUCUCGCGAUUUGAGGGAUACAGCAAACGCGGAGUGUGAGAGAGAGGCAGAACGCCGGCGAGGCUGUUUGCUCGAACUUCGCAUGCACAUUCUUUCUGUACUCGCUUCGUUCCUCUCCGCUGCACUUCACCCUAGACAGAGAGGAGACUUGAGAGAUGGCGAAGGCGAAGAAAGAGGAGAGGGAGGGAAUACACGUCCACGCAACAGCGGGGAGAUGGAGAUGCGCGAGCGAAGCUGCAGGGGAGACAAGGGGGAAGAGCGACUGAAGAAAAGCGAGAAGAGGUUUGCGCCGGCGCAUGCAGAAGGAAGCGAGAGGUCGUCGCGCGCCUGCGCAGAUAGCAAACACUCUGCAGUCGAACAAGACAGAGAGAUGUCUCGAGAUGAAGCUACUGUGGCGGGAUCCGCAUGCGCAGCUCUCGCUCUUCUUCCCUUCGGCGACUGGAUGUUUCUCAACUUCCUCACUUUCUCAACAGCGCAGGCACUCGCUUCCCUGUGCUCUCUCCGUCGUGGAUGCCGUUCUGACCUCUUAGUUCCCCAGACUGCUAGAAGCCGACUCGGAGAAGAAGAUCCAAGACAGACGUUACGAGAAAGAACAGCAGAAGAGAAAAACGAGGGAAUCGAAGCGAGGAAAAAUGAGGACGGAGAAUUGGGUUCGAAGUCUGAGGUGCCAACAUCUCGAGUUUUUGCCCAGACAGCUGCUGCUGCCGCGGCAAGUCGCUUCCUCCAGUUUUCUUCUCUUCUCCUUUUUCCUUCUGUUUCGCCGCCAACUUCACCCUCUCCGUCCACUGCUUGCGCUUCUUCGUCUGCUGUAUCGGGGUCGACAGAGAAGGCCGGUUCUUGCGGAUGUCGCGAACGGCGAGGAGAUCUUUUUGCAGGCCGCCUCGCGUGCCUGUCUGCGUUGCUUCAGCUCGCAAGAGAAGAGGACGUCGAGCUGAAAGUCGCUGCGGCCAAGGCCUUUGCAGAGGCCGGCGCUCCUAUUCACUCUGUGCUUCUGGGUGCCUUGGGAGCCGCUCUGCCGUCAGAAGAGAAAGAAAAAAAGUCUGUGAAGGUGCAGUGGAAUGCCUGCUACGCCGCUCGGCUUCUCUACAGCAACCCAAGUUUCCGCCUUCUCGCCGGACCCAGCCUCGACAGAGCUCGCUGUGACCUUCUUCUCGCCCUCGCUUCCUGUCUCGGCGCUUCCUCUUCGUACAAAGUACGUAUCCACGCUGCCGCUGCUCUCCGAUCUCUUUUUGGUGACUCCGCUCCUUCUUCUUCGUCUCCUCCUUCUUCUUCUUCGUCUCCUCCUUCUUCUUCUUCGUCUCCUGCUUCCUCCGCUUAUUCGUCUUCUUUACUCGCCGGGAGAGCGACAUUCGAUUCGCAGAGCGCUGCGUUAGCGCGCGUGUGGGAAGCCGCUGCAUGCGCUGCCGGGACGACUUCUGGAGAUUUCUCUCGCGUCGCAGGAGACGCGCGCGCAUGCUCGCAAGAAGAGGCUACAUCGAUGCAGCCUGUGUGGGUGAAAACCGAGAAGGACAGUGUAGAGAUCCAGCGCGUGAGUCCUGCAGUGCUGCGGCGCUACCGCGAGCAACUCGUACACCAACUUGCGCUGCUUGUGUCCUCUCCACGCCUGAGCGAAGAGACCAUGGCUGUGCUCUCGGAGGACAGAGAAGGCGGAGAGAUUCUUCGAGAAGAAGCACGCAAGAAGAAGGAUCUGAGUCGAACCACCUGGACCAAGCUCGCGGCACAGGUACUCAGCGACGGAGACGCAUGCGGAGGAGAAGAAGAGAGAAAAGAAGAAGAGAGAAAAGAAGAAGAGAGAGAAGAGAGAGGAGAAGAGAAGGAAGAGAGAGAAGAGGAGAGAGAAGACGAGGGAGAAGAAAGAAAAGAAAGGGGAGAACGAGAAGUGAUCGAGAAAGACAGAAGCGAAAAAGACGCCUUGACACCCGCCCGGAGAAUCCAGAUCUCUCUCCGCCGCACUGCAGCAGCGGGGCUUCCUGUACCUUUGCUGCGGACCUUUUCAAUAGAGAAAAAGACAGUGGUGACACAGUCUGCUUUCCAUUAG